AUGCAAUUUAUAUGGAUUUUCAUUCUAAUAUUGACAACAACAUCAAUAAAUUUAGUUAUAGGAAUAUCUUGGUUGUCGGCAGACCCAUUUAUACGGACUGUCGAUAUAUACAAUGAAUCAGCUAUUAAUAUUAGUUGGGGAUAUAGUAAUUUGGGAACGGAACCAUCUUUUGUACAAUUAUCUGUUAUUCUAUGUAAACUGAACACAACUGACAAGCUUAUUAAUAAUUUUACUAUGGCUAGUAAAGAUCGUUCUAAUUUCACAUCACUUAUAAUAGUGGAUAACAAUUUUUUAAAAGCCAAUGCAUAUUAUGCUAUUGUUCUUCAAUACAAUAGAACUUAUAGUGUAAUGAAUGAAAUACCGUGGGUGGAGUCACGUGACAUAGCUAAAUUGUUCAAAAUGGCAACAACACCGAUACCUAUGGAAAAAGAUUCUAUUGAUGUUAGAUCAAAUUCAGUUAUUGUUUCAAUGAUGUGGCCAAGAGAAAUUCCUUAUUUUAAACUUGAUAUGUAUGUACAACUGAAUGAUAGAGAUACAACAUUACCAAUAGAAACUGUAUCAAAUGGAACUUAUCUAAUAAGUAAAUAUCGUUUUGACAAUUUAUUACCAGAUACAAACUAUAAUCUAACUACAAAUUUUACACGAAAAUACCUUCCAGAUGUUCUAUAUUCAUCAACUAAAAAUUCAGGAAUCAUUAGAACUUUAAGAUAUUGA